UCUUGAUCGAGCGUCCCCUCCUUCCUGUUUGAUCGUUCGCACCAGCGGCGAAGCGGGGCUGCGGAGCUUCGACCUGCCCCUUGCGGGGUAUGCUUCAUAAUGAUGUAUAGGCUGACCUUGACUUUUAAAAUAUGUGCUUUGAUUAAAAUCUCGCUCAUCUUACAGUAGACACAGGACUUAGCCAUCCUUCACUCCCAGUCUCACGUUCGACAUAAGGCAACCAUGUCCGCCGCUCAAGCGCUCCGCCAGAAGCAAGCCCCAAUUAAAGACGGCUACCGUAGCGACCCCUCCUCCGCCGUUGUCACCCUAAAAUCUACUGGUUCUCUCGACGAUCAUUCAAUAACAUGCAAGCUAUCCGACGGUCCUGCUGUGAAGGAAGCACAUAGAGUAGCCGGCCUGCAUCAAAAGGCUGGCGGCGACGACCCAGCCAUCUCUGGGGAACUCUGUUCUGGAGACAUGUUACUCGAUGCCCUCGUAGCCUGCUCGGGCGUUACUCUAAAGGCUGUAGCCACCGCACUCGGCAUUCCAAUCGCAUCCGGUACCGUCACUGCAGAAGGGGACCUAGACUUCAAGGGCACACUAGGCGUGGACAGAACGGCACCCGUUGGCAUGACCGGCAUUCGGCUAGAGUUUGCGGUCAAGUUCGGUGAGAGAGAAGACGGUAGAGAGGUCAGCGAGGAAGAAGUGGAAAAGUUGGGCAAGCUGACGGAGAGAUAUUGUGUUGUGCUGCAGACGCUGGUGCACAAGCCCACUAUCGCAGUCAGGCUGGCCGGAAGCGGUGGUGGGAAAGAAGGUGAAGGGGUCAGCAGGGAAGUGUCGCAUAAGAGCGAAUUCUAAAGUGUCUUCUCCUUCCCGCAGCAAGUGAUGGGCCUUCUUGCUAGCACUAAUUCUUGAACGACUCAUCGCCGUGAGAACCAAGGCUUUUGCACUGGGUCCAGCCACGCGAUCUACUUUUUGCCAGCAUUUUUGCUACUGCAGAGAGCCUCGAAGCUUAGUGCUAUGCGACUGGAUUCAUUUGCUCCAAGCCAGAUA